AGCAGAGUCGUCUUCAUUUUCAGUUGAGUAUAUCAAGAGUUUUCUUGUGUCCUCGAUAACAGACCAGCGCCAGUGGCAGAGGGAGAGUACUGCCACCCUGCACUGCGUCAAGCCUGCUCUCGGCAAGGCAUCAUGAAGAUGAAGACAGCCAUCGUCUGCCUGGGCUUGCUCGCCCUCGUGGGCAGCUCCACAGCGUCUCUGGACGCAUUCAAGUCCGUGAAGGAGUCCCAGGAGUUAGAGCACACAGGCCGUGGACUCACCUGGUGGUGGAACGGCAUCUGGUACCCAGACUACAACAACGGCUACUCCAGCAACAACAACAACAACAACAACAAUAACGGAGGCUGGGGCGGAAAUAACAACAAUAAUAACAACAACAAUGGCGGCGGCGGUGGCAAUAACAACAACAACAAUAACAACAAUGGUGGCGGCUGGGGCGCCAACAACAACAACAACAACAACAAUAACGGCGGCGGCGGUGCCAACAACAAUAACAACAACAACAACGGGCGCCACCUGCUUGAGGACAUCUCAAACACCAAGGGCCGCUCUCUGACCUGGUGGUGGAAUGGCAUCUGGUACCCAGACUACAACAAUGGCUACUCCAGCAACAACAACAACAACAACAACAACAAUGGCGGAUGGAACGCCAACAACAACAACAAUAACAACAACAACGGCGGCGGCGGUGGCAACAACAACAACAACAAUAACAACAACGGAGGCGGGGGGGGCGCCAACAACAACAACAACAACAACAACAACGGCAACGGCGGAAACAACAACAAUAACAACAACAACAACGGCCGCAAGCUUUUGGAGGACAUCUCAAACACCAAGGGCCGCUCUCUGACCUGGUGGUGGAAUGGCAUUUGGUACCCCGACUACAACAAUGGCUACAACAACGGCUACUCCAGCAACAACAACAACAACAACAACAAUGGCGGCUGGGGAUCAAACAACAACAAUAACAACAACAACAACGGCGGUGGAGGUGCCAACAACAACAAUAACAACAACAACAACGGCGGCGGGGGAAACAACAACAAUAACAACAACAACAACGGGCGCCACCUGCUCGGGGACAUUACUAACAACAACUACGCGACCGGCGGCCGGACCGUGACCAACAACAAUGACGGCAGCAGUGGAGCGCCCAUCACUAACACCAACUGCGGCGGAACCAUCACCAACUCUGGCGGCACUGCUGCUCUCUGUGACACGAGCGGCAAGUGAAGCGCUCCUCCUGUGCAAUGGCUGGCGAGCUGCUCACGAUAGCAAAGUCAAGAAGACGAGAAUAGCUUUGAGAUGAGAGCGCGUAGGUAGUCUCUAGAAAAGAGCACAGACUGCUCUGGAGAGUUGGUUCUGCUGAUUACAUCCUAAAUGUAAGCUCUUGAAAUUUGCAAAUGCCUUUGAAUCCUCCAGUCGGAUUCCUGAAUUUGGCGGCUUCAAGGAUAGAUAUGCGUUUCUUCCUUUGCAGCUUGAACUGGAAUUUUCUUUUCUGCUGGUUGGCGGGCUAUUAUGUCUUACAUAAGAUUGCUGGUUGGGUGUAAAUCAUUGCUAUCCUGGGUUAGUCAGACUGGACUCAAGAGUACACAAGAAUCCCGGGGUAGUCAGACUGGACUCAAGAGUACACAAGAGUAGAUAAUCUACUGCUUUAUGCGCAUGUGUGGGGUUGACUGAGGGUGAUUUGCAGUGCACUUGUGUGUGGGUGUAUCAUCCUCUGUCCUCCGUGCAGCACCAAUGAUUGAGAUUGUAGCCGUUGUAACAAAUUUACUGAGCUUC